CAUUCAUUGUCUUGCAGUUUAAAUACUGAAGUGUUAUACGUACAUGACAGCAUGGAAAACGAACCGAAGAAAUUAUCGCCAGAACGACUUUUGAUGUUCAACCAUCCAGGACAAUGCUCUCCAAAAAUGAAGAAGAAGAUAGACAACCCUCCAACCUCACCAGGAACAGGAAGACAAGAUGAUAUUUUAGAUUCUCCAGUAUUUCAAAAACCCAUGAGGCUUACGGAAACAACUAAUGGAAAGGUACAGAGCUUCCCUGAAACUCUGAAAGAAAUAAACAAAAUUGGAAAAACUCUCAACAUUGUGUCUGUUGUUGGAACGCUUAGAACUGGGAAAUCUUUCCUCUUGAAUAAACUGGCAGGAAUCAAACCGGGCGAACCAGGUUUCGAAAUGGGUCAUUCUCCAACAGCAGUAACCAAAGGUAUCUGGGUAAUGUGUCGACAACAUCCUACACAAGAAGACCAGGUUCUUGUUCUCCUUGACACAGAAGGCAUCGACGACCCAAAGAAGGUAGACAUAUCGGAUGACCAGUCAUUGUUUAUAUUAGCAACCCUCUUAAGCAGUACAAUGGUUUACAAUACAGGAGGGAACUUUGACAGAAUGGCGAUUGAUAAGUUCAAGAAUCCUUUCAUGUUAGGUAGAUGAAUAUAAAAACGCAUGCUUUGACUUCUAAAUGUACAUGUUUAUAAUCUACAUAAGAUGCAUAUAUUUAAAACAUUUUACUAAUAAUAUGAUUAUUAUUCAUAUAAAAUUAUGAUAAUGAUAAUUAGAAGCUGUUAUUAUAAUAUUAGUUUUUGUUUACUAGCUUGAAUAUCAAUGCUAAUAUAUUUAUACGUCCUUUAACGAAUAUGAGUUUUCUUUUGUCUCCCGUACAAUUAUCAUUUUAUUCGAUUGUUGUAUUACAUUUAAGAUAUCACGUAUCCCAAAAUGUGAUUUGUAGUUCAAUAAAAUCAUUGUU